AUGGUAGAACCACCUGCAGAGCCACGAAUCGACAUUAGGUGGUCCAGAAUCUCCAAAUGGAUAUGGACCACCAUUAUCGAAAAAUUGCUCAUCCUCGCCGCCGUCUGUUUGUUCUGCUUCUACUUGAUGUACACCCCCAUAAAACCCACUCUCUCAAUCAAGGACGUCAAAAUCCCGACGUUUACAGAAUCGGAGAUCACCAGCGACGCCACCGCCACCUUCACCGUUAACUUCACCGGCAUCGUUGUAAACCCGCCACGCCACUCAGUCUUCACUUACUCAAGUAGCUCUGUCAUUGCUAGCCUUUUCUGUUCCGGUCAACAGGUUGGAUCCAUGAUCAUCCCUGCAAAACGAGUCGUUGCCAAUGUAAAUUUAAUUGAUGUGUCGAUAAGUGUGGACUCGCUUCCGGUUGAGGAGGUUAAGUAUAUCUCGGUAAUGUCUGUACUAAAGAAGGAGAAGCCGAUGUUGGAGAUGGAGUUGAAGAUGAAGUUAGUUGGAAAGACGACCGCCGUUUUCUGGGUUUUCACUCGUCAUGUUGAAUGUGUAACUCAAUGUCGUGUGUGGGUCGUUAUUGAAGAUGGAACCUUGCAUCGUAAUGAUUGCGUAUGA